CGUAGCCAAUUCCUUCCUUCCUCUUCCUUUCUCUCACAGUGAGAACAUGGAUCUUCUCAACUUAAUUUCGGCGUUUUAGUGAAAUUUUAUUUUGUCUUGAAAUUAAGAGACUCCCUCUGGGUUUAUUUCCUCACCUGGACGCCAUGUUCACCGGGACCGGCUCCCGGGGCCUCUAUAUGGCUCCUCUGUGUAAAGGCCUUCUGUUGGUUCUUAAUGGGCUGACUGUGAUGCUGACCCUGCUGCCACAGUACCAAGAGGUGUUCGUGUACAACCUGCAGGCUAUCACACAGCAGCACCAGGUGUGGAGGUUGUUGAGUGGCAGGCUGAUCUGCCUGGAUGUGAAGGACUCCUUCUGCAGCAGCCUGCUGAUUUACAACUUUCGAAUUUUCGAGAGAAGGUUUGGUUCCAGGAAGUUCGCUUCUUUCCUGCUGGGCUCUUGGUGUCUCUCUGCACUGGUGGACUUCCUUUUGGCCCAAGCCUUCCAGUAUCUGUUUGAAUAUGAAGUGGAGGAACUGCCUGCAGGACUGCUUGCUCCCGUCUUCUCCCUAUUUGUGCCUUUCUACUUAUCAAUAMCCAGAAUGCCAGUCACCCAGAUACUGGGCCACAUCCACAUCACCAACAAGACUCUAGUUUAUAUAGUAGGCCUUCAGCUGUUGACUUCCAGCCCUUUCAUGUGGCUCCUUGCACUUAGUGGACUGAUCUCAGGUGGACUGUACCACUCCAACGUUCUGUGGUUACAGAAGAUCCUUUAUGUUCCUGCCUGGGUGUCUUAUGUUGGACGUUAUGGUCUGCAGCCACUCUUCUCAAGUUCCCAGCCGACCGAGGAGACUCCUCUGGGRAUGGGGGCCACUCUGGACAUUCAGAGGCAGCAGAGAAUGGAUCUGUUGGACCAGCAGCUGCUGCUGGCUCAGUACAACGAGGCUCAGAGGAACGCCAGACAUCAGCCGCAGGCUGGGUUGUUGCAGUGGACCAGGUUGUUCCCUUCCCUGAGGCACCGAGGACAGAACCGACCCCCRAUGCAGCCCCACCCACAGGCUCAGACACAUCAGUCCACACAGCCACCAUUACUAGAAAACUCCCCUGUUGCAGAGGAGCAGGUUGCACGGUUGGUGGAAAUGGGCUUUUCCAGGAUCGACGCCCUCGAGGCCCUCAGAGCAUCAAACAACGACAUUAAUAUGGCAACUAACUUCCUCCUGCAACACUAAGGGAAAAGAUGAGGUAAUAAAAAAGGUGAAAGAAGACAGCAAACGAAAGAAUCAGCUGCAAUAGAAAAGUCAAACAGAGGAAAAUAGUUGCACAGAACCAAAGAAUGCAGGAGAGAAUAGAAAUUGUACAAAUUGUUUGGGGCCGGUGUCACUGCUCCAUGAAGUAACCUGAACUGAGGCCGACAGCAGGCUAAUGGUUAAUGGAAAAGUAUGAAGCACAAAGUGAAAGACAUUUGUGUCAAAGCUCUCUGACAGCCAUACAAGGUGGAUGACUUAGAGCUCAAACCCUCGAAUAAGCUCUGGGAAACACAAAAGUUCUGAGUUUUUCGUGUUUUAAGUGUUCAAAAUGUUAAUCCUCAACACAGUCUGGUGAUUUGUUUCUUGUUGUUCAAACUGAUGUUGAACUCCACAGUUCUCACAAACUGUAAAAAAAAACAACAGUUUUAUGUAUCCUGAUCUCAUAAUCUCACCUGCAAAAAAUUUGACGCUGAAUUUGAUUAGUUCUACUAAAAAUACCCAGUUUUUCAAACUUGCGGGCAGUAGCUAAGAACAGCAGAAGAUUGAUGUCUCCACAAUAAAARGUGAAGGAGUUUGAAGUAUCUUCCAGCAUCGUAACCAGUUUCACCGUGAUGUUUUUUUUUAGCUCGCAGUUGUCUGUUGUCGGAGGUUUCCGUGGAUGUAGCAGGGCUAAACCUUUUCAUGUUCGAGGAGUUUCAACGCAGCCGUUGGCAUUUGUAGCUGACCGGUUUGGCUCAGUUUUAUUCCGCGAGUAUAUCGUCGCACAAACGAGGCUGCACGGCAGGGGUGCCGUUCAGAGGGGCUUUCUCAGGUUCUGUGAGGCGACUCGUUUCGUUGGUAAAACCAUUAUUUUUACAGAUAUGAGUUUGCGUACAAUGUACCUUAUCAGGAUUUAUUUAUUCUGUCUCAAUGGAGCUCUCCUCUGUUGCCAUUCCUGUCUGAUUCAUCAGUCUUAAAGAUUUGUUGGUAUUUAUUAUGCAAUAUCACUGCAAGAGAAAUUUAUGGAAACUAUGCACUGCAUAGAAUCUGCUUUGUGUAAAUAAAACUACAUGCGAGAGAAGUAAUAUUGCAGCCACUGUGUAUUGAUGUCAAAGGCAGAUGCUAGUUUUAUAUUUUGUGCAUAACAUUGACAGUAUAUGACCAUUUAAAUAGGUCAUUUCUGUGUAUUUUUUGAGAGUGAAAAGUGUAAUGAGGGAUUAGUUGCAUGGACAACUUUCUGGUGUACUGUAAUGACUUUUAAUUGAUCUGUGGAAUAAAUUAACCCUUUGACUGAA